UGAGUUUACUUAACCAAGUUUUUUGCUGAUUCAUCAAAAUGUUUUAAACCUCGCAGUUUAAGGUUCAUCUCCUUCACAACAACUCUGCCUGGCCUUCUUAAACUCUCAAAAUGGACGCCAUUAAGAAGAAGAUGACUAAACUCUCAGCAGAGACCACAACUGCAACAGCUAGAGCCAAUCGAUUUGAAGAGGAGUCCUUUAAUAUAGUGAAGGAAGCGGAGAAGAUUGAGCAGCAGCUGAACAACCUGACCAAGAAGUUCCAGAGUAUGGAAAGCCAGUUUGAUGUUGUGAUUGAAGAUCUCUUCAACGCCAGCAUCAAGCUAGAGGAGAAGGAGAAGGUCGCCGCUAAUGCUGAAGCUGAUGUUGGUGGAUUGUCCCGCAGAAUUCUGCUCAUGGAAGACGAGGCCGAUAAAAGUGAAAACCGGUUGGCAACAGCGAUUAGUGGCCUGCUUCGAGCUUCAUUGAGGGCAGACGAACAAAUAAAAGCGAGAAAUCAGUUGGUUCAGGAUAUCUCGUCUAAUGAAGAGAAUAUUGAUGAGUUGGAGAAUAAGUUGAAAGAUGCGAAAUACAUUCUUCAGGAAUCUGAACGAAAAUAUGAAGAUAUCAGUAGAAAACAAGCAAACCUAGAGACUGAGGCUCAGCGUGCUACUGAGAGAGCUGACAAUGAAGAGAAGAAAAUCAGUGAGCUGGAGGAGGAGCUCAAGGUUGUCGGGAACAACCUCCAGCAGCUGGAGGUCAGCGAGGAGAAGGCUAUGGCUAGGGAGGAGACCUAUCAGAAGCAGAUACGAGAAUUGAUGAACAGGUUAAAGAUGGCUGAAACUGAAGCCGAGAAUUCUGAAAUGAAUAUUCAACGACUCAAUAUUAGGAUUGAUCAGAUCGAGGAUGAAUUGAUCCAUGAGAAACUGAAGAUCAAAGCUGUGUCUGAUGAUGUUGAUGGUACUUUCAAGCAGAUGGCGUACAUCUAAUCAAUCAAUCAAACAUCUAACUCAAUCAUUCAAUCAAUGAGUGGUUGUUAAAACAA